GGGGUUUCCCGCCAAUGUUUACGCCAUGUUUUUUUAAAAACCAAACCAAAAUAGAGAAAUAAAGAUUACAAGAUAAGAUCGGAUUGUGCACGAAUCAAGAUGCCAAAGAGGCCAAAUCCAUUUGGAGAUUUUUCUCCUCAAGUCAAAACACACGUUGGAGUAAAAGAAGUCGACAUGGGUGUGAACUAUGAUCAGAAUAUGAAAGUUGUUUUUGAAAAAACAAAGAACAUUUUGUUCAGUGCUGCUAACAAAGGUAUGACAUGUGAACAAGAGCCAAUAGAAUCUGGCGACUAUAUGGGACUAAAUGAUGAUAAUAACCAUGCUGCCUCUAUCCACAAAGGACAGAUGAAAAUAGACUCACAUGGCCAUCUCUAUGCUAACGGUGUUCAUGAGAAUCAGUCAGAUAUGAAUGGGAUUCACUUAACUGAAAAUGGACAUCUACCAUUCGGUUGCCAAGCAGUCCAACCUCAGCCAAAUGGUCAAAUGACUUUUGGUCAGCCAAUUAACAGUCAACUAAAUGACCAAAUGACAUGUGGACAAGUGCUUAAUGAAAAAUCAAAUGUAGUUCCAGGACAGAUGUUUUUUGAUGGUCAUGGUAAACUGAGUGGACCCUUUCAUGGAGAUAAAAAUUCCAAUGCCCUUCUGCAGCAGAAUUUGAUGUCUAACUCUCCAAUGUGUUACAUGUGUAGCAAAUCACUGGGCCCUCAAAAUAACCAUGGGAGGAAGUGCAACUUCUGUGAUCGCGUCAUGUGCCAUGAGUGUAACAGACAAUGUGUCAACUGCCAGGGACUCUUCUGUAGCUCCUGCUCUACAAUCAAUUAUGAUGAAUGCUUUGAGAGGACAUUCUGUUUGAACUGUUUGCAGUAGAAUUGGACUUAUUAACCUCCUUUGUGUCAACAUGGCAUGGUCAAUUUACUACAGUAUCAUCAUGAAACAGAUGGAUACAGAUGUUUUGAACAUAUGCAUCAAUUGUGCACAUUAGUGCAAACUCUCACCUUCACAAUGUAAAGCAAACUGUUUACAAACGAACCAUGAAAUUCUUUCCUGCCAAAAGUGGCAUAAAAGACAUUACUUCAUUGAAAUGGAAUUCAAACUGGCCAUAUCAGUUUGCAGGCCUUUUUGUUUGCUGCAAUGU